CGUGGUAAAACACACCCGGACUUACCCGACGGACUCCUUUGGCACAGUGGAGUUCCAGGGUGGAGGAUUCAUCAACAAAGCCAUGUAUAUCCGAGUUUCCUAUGACACCAAGCCGGACAACAUCCUGCAUUUGAUGGUGAGGGACUGGCAGUUGGAGCUGCCAACUUUGCUCAUCUCCGUGCACGGAGGUCUGCAAAACUUCGACCUCUCGCCCAAACUCAAGCAAGUGUUUGGCAAAGGCCUGAUAAAAGCCGCCGUCACCACCGGGGCUUGGAUCAUCACGGGGGGAGUCAACACUGGGGUGAUGCGCCAUGUUGGAGACGCCUUAAAGGACCAUUCCUCCAAGUCACGUGGGAAGGUGUGCGCUAUAGGAAUAGCUCCAUGGGGGAUCCUGGAAAACAAGGAGGAUCUCAUUGGGAAAGAUGUGACCAAACCCUAUCAGACGAUGGCGAACCCACUGAGUAAGCUGGCUGUGCUCAACAACAGCCACUCCCACUUCAUCUUGACUGACAACGGCACCUGUGGGAAGUAUGGCUCAGAGGUCAAACUUCGCCGGCUGCUGGAGAAGCACAUCUCCUUGCAGAAGAUCAACACACGUUUGGGUCAGGGGGUUCCUCUAGUGUGUAUGAUAGUGGAGGGAGGUCCCAACGUGAUCUCCAUCGCUUUGGAGAGUCUGAGAGACGAGCCUCCUGUCCCCGUGGUGGUGUGUGACGGCAGCGGACGAGCUUCCGACAUAAUCUCCUUCGCACACAAGUAUUCAGAGGAAGGAGGGUGAGAUUUUAGAUGAUUUCUUCUUCGAUGUACUAGGACAUUAUUCCUCUGGUAAAAAAAAAGCUGAAAUAUCCUCUUUGAAUCUCAUC